AUGGGUUCCAACUCAACAUCUUCAGAUGAGAUCGCUUUCUCAGACUACCUCGGCCUCAACGCCGCACUCUUCGAGUGGGCAGACAGCUACGACUCCAAGGAUUGGAAGCGGCUGAGCAGAUGCAUUGCCCCGACCCUCCGUAUCGACUACCGCUCCUUCCUCGACAAGCUCUGGCCCGCGAUGCCGGCCGAGGAGUUCGUCGCCAUGAUCUCGGACGAGGCGGUCCUGGGCAACCCGCUCCUGCGCACGCAGCACUUUGUCGGCGGCUCCCGCUGGGAAAAGGUCUCGGACACCGAGGUCAUCGGCCACCACCAGCUGCGCGUCCCGCACCAGGUCUACACCGACGCCACCCUCAAAGAAGUCAAGGUGAAGGGCCACGCCCACAGCUACAACAUGCACUGGUACCGCAAGGUCGACGGCGUCUGGAAGUUCGCCGGCCUCAACCCGGACAUCCGCUGGAGCGAGUACGAGUUCGAGAAGGUCUUUGCGGACGGCAGGGAGAACUUUGGCGAGGAGGCUGAGGGGGGGCCGGCGGCGCCGGCAAAGGCCGGGGGGAAGGGCGCCGUGACCGAGGACGCCAGGGAGCUGCAGGCUGCUGUUUCGGUGUAA